GGUGUAUUCAUAGCUUGCACUACCGGUGUCUGCAGAGCUGGGACAGAGGGACAGCAAAUGGCUGUGGGGAGGAACUGUGGAAGGCUGAGGGACAAGAGCGCCCCGGUUGUUGUUUUGUCUUUGGUCCUGGUUUUUUUUUUUUUUUUCAGGCACUCUUGGGGAUGUUUCCAAAGGCUUCCUGAACGUGAAUGAUCAGGCUGAGGUGAACAACUACUGGGCCCUGAACCUGACCUCCAUGCUCUGCUUGACCUCCGGCACCUUGAAUGCCUUUCUGGAUAUCCCAGGCCUGAGCAAGACUGUGGUUAACAUCUCAUCCCUGUGUGCCCUGCAGCCCUUCAAGGGCUGGGGUCUGUACUGUGCAGGGAAGGCUGCCCGAGACAUGUUAUACCAGGUCCUGGCUGUUGAGGAACCCAGUGUGAGGGUGCUGAGCUAUGCCCCAGGUCCCCUGGACACCGACAUGCAGCAGUUGGCUCGGGAAACCUCCAUGGACCCGGAGUUAAGGAGCAGACUGCAGAAGCUGAAGUCGGAAGGGGAGCUGGUGGAUUGUGGGACUUCAGCCCAGAAACUGCUGAACUUGCUGCAAAAGGACAGCUUCCAGUCCGGAGCCCACGUGGACUUCUACGACAGUUAAGCCCGUGUCCUGUCACGGUGCCCUCCCCCCCCCCCAGCCC